AUGAACAAUUCUUUGUUUAAUCAGCACUGCACUGCGGCACUACUCACAAAUGACUGCUGAGAGGGAAUGAUCUAUUUUCCAAGCAUUGGAAUUGGGUCCAUGGCUGCCUAAAUUUGUAUAUAGUAGAUGUCCAGCAUCAUCUCCAGAAAUCUAUUAACAAUCCUCCACCGUCAAGGUGGCAACUCAGCUGAAAUCUUAAAGUGCUCUCCUCAACCCACAUGCUCUUCUCCCUUCCGGAUUGCUGUGGCUGCUUUCUCCACUGUCUCCCAAAACCAGCCUCCCGAAAAUGACAAGCGGUCAUCAUGGUUCAAUGUGUUCCUUUUCAUACCGGGAGCUAUCACAUUUGGCCUUGGCACUUGGCAGAUCUUCCGAAGAAAAGAAAAGGUUGAAAUGCUCGAGUACAGGCAAAAUAGGCUAGGAAUGGACCCUUUAAAAUCCAAUGAGUUAUCACUCUCAAGUGAAGAUUUGAAUGGUCUUGAGUUAAGGAAGGUUCUAUGUAGAGGGGCUUUUGAUGAGAUGAAGUCGGUUUAUGUGGGGCCUUGUUCCAGAAGCAUUUCUGGGGUGAUAGAAAAUGGCUACUGCGUUAUUACUCCUCUCCUGCCAGUCUCUGAUGACCCAAAGGACAGCACCAGGUCACCAAUUCUCGUUAAUAGAGGAUGGGUCCCGCUCAGUUGGAGAGACAAGUAUUUGGAAAUGUCAAAAGAUGAGAUGCAACCACUUAGUGUACUGACACCCUCAGCUUCAGAACAUGAAAAAUAUUCAUGGUGGAGAAUUUGGUCAAAGAAACCCAAGUAUUCCAAGGGAAACGUUAAAUCUGUUAUAUCCCCUAUAGAAGUUGUUGGUGUUAUAAGAGGAAGUGAAAAGCCUAGCAUAUUUGUUCCGGAAAAUGAUCCAAACUCCAACCAGUGGUUUUAUGUUGACACUCCUGCAAUUGCCCGUGCUUGUGGGCUUCCAGAAAACACUCUCUACAUUGAAGCCAUCAAUGAUAAUGUUGAUCCCAGCAAUCCAUACCCUCUUCCAAAGGAUCUUAAUACAUUACUUCGCAGUUCCGUAAUGCCUCAAGACCAUCUUAACUACACACUGACAUGGUAUUCCCUGUCAGCUGCUGUGACAUUCAUGGCUUUUAAAAGACUAAAGCUUAAGAAAGGGCGAAGAUAGUAAUUCCCAAGCGGACACUUCUAUACUUUUCUAUUGAGAAGUUUGAGAACGAUCAAGAUUUACUCUAUGUUUCAGAGUUUGGAGAUUAUUACUGAAAUGCAUUAAAGUUCUAGUGAAAGGGUCUUUUGGCAUGUGCCAAAAAAUCUGACAUAGAAAAAGGAAGCAGAGCAUGAGAUACCAGAUAAAAUGCUGGAGGAGAGAACAAAACAGCAAGAGCUGGAAAAACCAAAGAAGAAAUCACAAGAUAAAGGGGUUAUUUAGCCAAAUACAAGUGUUUUUGCUUGGGUUUACUCUUUUAUACAUUUACUCUUUUGACCCCUAACCCUUUCAUAAAUAUUAGGACUCUUU